AUGGCCGGAUUCUCUGAAGCAGCAAUGUCGAGACGGCUGCAGACGUUGAAUACCACGCAGCAGUCGGUGCAGAUGAUGUCUAUGUGGUUGUUACAUCAUCAAAAGAGUCAUGCGGAAACAAUUGUCAAAGUGUGGCUUCAGGAAAUCAAAAAAGAAACGAAACCGGUUCGUUUAAUCAAUCUGCUCUAUCUUGCAAACGACGUUAUACAAAACAGUCGGAAGCAUUGCCCACAUUUCAUGGGAAUGUUUUAUGAAAAUUUAGAACCAGCUUUUAGGCAUGUGAGUGUCCAUGCGGAUGCGGAUGCAGUAGUGGCAAUGAAAAAAAUUUUGAGAGUUUUUCGUGAGCGCCAAAUAUAUUCGGAUGUGAAGGUAGAUCGAUUAAUGAAUGCCGUAGCAUCAUCGCUGACUGGAAUAAGACUUGUUGAGUUCAAUAUCGAGUUAGGUGGGACAAUUUUAAGUACUGAAAGCACUCAAAAAACACCCACUACACCACCGAACGUUGGAAAGGCAGUGGAUUCACCGCAUUUAUCAACUCCUACCAUUGACACUGAUUCCCCGGAGCCGAAAAAGAGCAAAAUGGACGGUGAGAAUUUUGACGUUAAAGUCAUGACUCGAGUAACAGAAGACGUAAUAGCAUUGUUGAAGAAAUUGGAAGACCCACCAUCAGCGGAUGCCGAAACACGCCAAAUGAUUGCAUCAUUCCCAGAGACGAUCGCAAAUCCUGCUCUUUUAAAACCUAUCAGAAAUGAAUCCCAAGCAGCGGAAUUGUUGAAAAAAAUCAAAGAGGCUGAACCUGUGGUUAAAGAUUAUUGUAAACGACUUGCGACGGAAAUGGAGGAUAGGCGGUCUUUGCAACAGCUGCUACCUGAAUAUUUUGGUUUCUUGAAAGCCAGUGCUGUAAGAAACGAUGAGAUGUUACGUUCUGUGCGGGAAAAAGUAGAAAAGUUAGAACAGGAAAAGACAUCGGUAAAGGAGCACUUUAAUUCAUUGCCUGAUUUAGCUGAUUUACCCUCCAGCGCAUUAUCUCCACUUCCUUCACUAGGUGAAUUGUUCAAAAGCGGUAAGAGUGAAAACGAGGAUGAUGUGGAAGUUGAAAAAUUUGAAGGAUAA